ACCAACAUUUCUCCAGAAAAAGAAAGAAAGGAAGUGGUGAGGCUGACUGGCUGCAGCUUAUUCUGAGAAGAGACCAUUUUGUGUCAGAGGAAGCAGCAUCUCUCUCUCUCUGGGACGUCCCAGCGACGGAACCCCGAAGCUCAAAGAGCGGGGUCUUUGACAGAACCAGCCGGGCGAGGAACUCCUGGACAGGCUGGGAAGGGGUGACACGGCGGGGGAAUCCAUGGCUGUUUCACUGAUAGCACUGCUAUGAACACUCUGUGACCACCUGGAGGAGAAAAGCUCACCAUGGACCUGCGGAACGUCCCCCACCGCUCGGAUGUGGUCACCUGGAACGCCGAUGACCUGGCAGCGUAUUUUAGGACGUUAAAGUACAAGGACUGUGAGAAAGUCGUGAGAAAGCACAGCAUAAAUGGACAGAGGUUUCUGAACAUGUCUGAGAACGACAUUCAGAAAUUUCCCAAACUCAGAGUGCCAAUCGUAAGUAAAUUAAGUCAAGAAAUAAACAAAAAUGACGGGAGGCUCUCUUUCCUUCCAAAAUGGGCCCAAACACAAAAAAGUCCUGAAAACCCAGGGUACGCUCAGGAUGACGGGGGCUGGUCUUCCUUUGAUGAUGAUGAUGAUGAUGACUACGAAAGCCCUGAUGAAGACCAGGAGAAGGAAGAUGAGGCUGACUAUGAAUCCCCCACAGAAGAACCUGGGGAAGCAGAACAUGACAGUGAUGGCUACGAGCCCCCUCCAUCCAUCAACGAUGAAGCCCAUCACAAUGUCAUAUUUCCUGCCAAGUCACUUCCAAGCAACACAGAUUAUAUAGACAGACCUUCAACAACCAGAUCAUCACAUCAGCCUCCAGUGCCACCCCAGAGACCUGGCCCAGCCCCAGGACCAGCCCCAUUUGGGGCAAGAGGUGCUUCUCUGCCAGCUUUCCCUCCUCCACCGAGCCACAACGACCUGGGGAGAGACAGGAACAUGAAGCCUUUGAAACCCCCAGCUCCUUCUGUUGACAGAAGCACCAAGCCCUCCCUGGACCGCCUGGCCCCCCCUUUCGAAAGAGAGAGCCCAGUAGCAGGGAGGAAGCCAAAUAUUCCUGAAAAGCCUCUGGUUUCACAGCUAAGGUCCCUGGGGGAACAGCUGGCGAUGAUGCCCAAACCUCCUGUCCCACCAGGUGACAGAUAUGAAAGAGGCAACUCCCUUCCCUUAAGGAAGCAAAGCCCUGGAAAGCAGAGUUGGCCACCACACAAAAAAAAUGAAGAAGAAGAAGACACUGCCCCCCACAGACCGGUGCCCCAGCCGUGCCUGCCCCCCUACAGCUCCAGCUCCCUCCCAGCCAAACCCCUCAAGCUUCCACCUAAGCCAGGAUCCACCAGCCUGCCUGGGGCAGAAAGUGCUAGAAACCUGUCUUCAACUGGCUCACUACCACCUCGCUUACAUCUAGGCAACAACAGCAGAUCCCCCUCCAGAGGCGCAGCUGAUGUGAGACCUCCCCUGCCAAUCCCCAGCAGACAGACUGUUCACCAAACAAACCCGGAGGAAAAUGAGGGCUCCCUGAACAACGAGUGGUACGUGGCUUUCGUCAGCCGGCCCGAGGCAGAGGCAGCUCUUCGGAAAAUCAACAAGGAUGGAACAUUCCUGGUGAGAGACAGCUCCAGGAAAACUGUCACUCAUCCGUAUGUCCUGAUGGUGCUAUACAGGGACAAAGUGUACAACAUCCAGAUCCGUUACCAGGAGCAGGAGCACCUGUAUCUGUUAGGAACUGGCUUAAAAGGAAAAGAGGAUUUUUCUUCUGUGGCAGAUAUCAUUGACCAUUUCCAAAGGACACCCCUUCUUCUGAUUGAUGGAAAAGACAGAGGUUCCAGAAACCAGUGCAUGUUAAAAUAUGCUGCAGGACAUAUUUAAAUGAGACCUUAAUGAAGAUCACACAUCGUAUUGAAGCCUAGUGAAGUUUGUAAACUUGAAGAUACUUCUUUUUUUCAGCAGACUAAAAUCAUGAAGUCAUUAAAAAUCAUUUCAUUUCAAGGAAAAAGGAUUAUGUUAUUUUUUAGUUAUGCCUUAAAUGCAGUAUGCUUUAAAUAUGAUUUUCCUACAAUAUGUUUGUUACUGUCCACUGAUCAUACAGUACAUGAGAAUUUUUUAUUU